AUGGGCGGAUGCGAGUUCGAGAGGGCGGAGAUAGAUGCACUGGAGCGCGUUGCAGGUGAUCCAAGCGCGGAGCCGAUAAGCCUGUCGUUUUGGCUUCUCAGGCGCAUAACCAAUGAUUUCUCCGAUGAAUCUUUAAUUGGUAGAGGUGGGUAUGGAGCGGUUUACCUGGGGGUGCUUCCAAAUGGGUUACGUAUUGCUGUCAAGAAGCUUUUCCAAACAUUUGCAACAAUUGAUUCCAGAGUAUUUGAAGACGAAGUUUUUACCGCAAUGAGGGUUGGUCAUCACAAGAACAUAGUGCGAACCAUAGGCUACUGUAGUCACACACAAUCUGAAGUCGCCCAAUACAAUGGGAAAUCUGUUUUCGCAGACACCAAUGAAAGAUUGAUCUGUAUGGAGUAUGUGCCUAAUGGAAGCCUUUGUAGAUAUAUCACUGAUAAGUUUCAUGGAGAACUUGAUUGGAACCAACGUUAUAAAGUUCUCAGAGGAAUUUGUCAUGGUUUGCGUUAUCUGCACGAUGAAGUGCGCCUUAUUCACGGGGAUAUAAAAGCAGACAAUAUAUUGCUCAAGGAUAACCUCGUGCCGCAAAUUUUUGACUUUGGUAUGUCCAUGUGCCUUAGUGAUGGAGAAUCUUUAAUUCAUGAAAAAAGCAUCCGUGGAACUCUAGGGUAUCUGGCGCCAGAGUUGCUUAAUGGCGGAGAAUAUUCCUUUAAGUCUGACAUAUACAGCUUUGGUGUUGUGAUCAUAAGACUAUUGACUGGAUCAAUUACUAGCAUCAGAGAGAACCAAAGUGUUGAUCUAGCACUUAAACAGUUGAGAAAAAGGUUGGUAAAAGAAGGAGCAUUUUCAUCAUGGCAAAACAAAUACCACCAAGUUAGAACAUGUCUGGAGAUUGGAUAUACCUGCAUGGAAAUGAAUAGAGAUAAAAGGCCUACUGCAUCGGAAAUUAUCCAACAGCUUGAUGAAACCGAAAGCGUGAACCAUUCUGCACCACCACUUUGGCAGUUGAUGCAGUCAGGAGAUGAGGAAUCCGAUACAUCGGACACAGAUGCUUUUGAGACAGAGACAACAACCAAGUUUGUUCCAAGUGACGAGGAACCUGCCUCAGCAGACAUGACUGGAGAAACAAGCACACAAGAAGAUGACAUGCCUGACCUACUAAGUAAACUGUCUUUGUCAGCGGAACUGUCCUCGCUAGAUUUCCUGGAGAAAAUCACAGAUGGUUUUUCGCAUGAACGAAUAGUUGGGAAGGACAGUCCUCAUGCAGUUGUUCAUAAAGCAUUUGUUUAUGAGGGCAACAUUUCAGGUCGAACAGUAGUAGCCGUGAAGAGGUUAAUUGGAGUAGAAAUUAAAGUUAGAAAGUUUGAGAUGGAGGCUAAACGGCUGUUGAAUCUAGAUCACAAGAACAUAGUAAAGCUCCUUGGCUACUGCCACGACAAAUCUAGAGGACAUAAGCUGGUACAGUUUAAAGGAAAACCACCGCAAGACUUUAAAGGAGCUGAACAACUGCUCUGCUAUGAAUAUAUGCACAAUGGAAGCCUCCGUGAGUAUCUUAUUGGACAAGAAUCUCGUGAAGUUGAUUGGCACAUGUGCUACAAAUUGAUCAAAGGGACAUGUGAAGGUUUACUUUACCUCCACGAGGAUUGUGGAGAUCGUCCAAUUGUUCAUUUGAAUCUAAACCCGUCAAAUAUACUGCUGGAUGAACACAACGAACCACGCAUCACGGGUUUUGAUUUUUCGAAGCUCAUUGGUGAAAAGAACACAAAAUCCGUAUUUUUUCAGAUGAAUGGACCAUUAGGUUACCUGCCACCGGACUUCCUGUAUUCAAAGGGUACUGACCUCAAAUAUCUAGCUACGGUGGACAUAUACAGCUUGGGUCUUAUAAUUUUAGAGAUCGCAGCACGUCAAGAGAUCAAGGGUGACCAUGGAAUAAUUAUUAAGACUGUCGAGACAAACUGGAGGCAAGAUUCACAAAUAGCAACGCUGUAUGGCUCACUAGAAGAUAAAUUCCGGGGGCAAGUAAAAAUGUGCAUUGAUAUUGGCCUACAUUGUGUAAAGUCAAAGCCUGAAAAAAGACCUACUGCUGGAGAGAUCAUACGAUGGCUUGACAAUGGGAGCAAACCGGUCCUAGGUCAAAGACCAGGAGUUGCCGAACCUCCACUCCGUGCUAAUGCCACCCCUGCAGAUGACCACAUACAAGAAAAGGAGAAACAGACGGCAUUGAGGAGACUUUUCAGGAGAAAGUAA